UGGCGUCGAGCACCGGUGUUGCACCUCCUAGCUCGCCAGAUUCUCCGGCGGUAGGUCAUGGCAUUGACCAACCGUUGAAGACGAUCGAGAUCAAGGAAUCCCCAAAGGGUGGGGAUACAACACCGACGUUCAUAAAUCCCCUGCUGCUCGCAUCGGCGUGCCUCGGCUCCUCGGCAGCACUACAUUUCCUUUUUGAAAGGGAAGACAAACAAGAGCCACCGAUGUUGAUGCCUACUCAAGUAUUUCUUGACAAGCUAGUGGGAUAUAUCCCCGGGAGCAGCAAUAGAAGAACACUGACGUUGUUGCCAGCUUCAGAUGAUGUAGAAGGUGGUGUUGAUCAUCCUGUUUUGCCGUUAGCAGCUUGUACUUCUGAGGACAUAAAAGAUGGCGUUGAUCAGGCUGCUUUGCACACUACAACUUCCCACAAUGCAGAAGAUGGCGUUGAUGCGCGUGCUUUGCCAGCUGCAGCUCCGCUUCUUAAUGGUGUCACCGUCGAGGGGGACACCGCACUACAUGUGGUUGCCAGCCACGGGGACAGCGCGGAAUUCUUGGAUUGUGCUAGCAUCAUCCACAGGAGGGAUAAUGGCCUCCUACUUGUGGUAAAUCAAGUGGGUGACACACCCUUGCAUUGUGCUGCCAAAGCUGGUCACUCCCAAAUGCUCUGUCGUCUCAUUGAACUAGCUAGAAGUCGCGGCAGACUGCACAAACUAUUGAGAAGGGAGAAUAAGAUCAAGGAGACGGCCCUGCAUGAUGCCAUCCGCAUUGGAAAUAAGGAUAUUGUGGAGCAUCUACUGAAGGCUGAUCCCAAUCUAGCUAAUUAUCCUGAAAAAGGCACCUCACCAUUAUACCUGGCAAUUUUACUGGAAAGGGACAUCAUUGCACAUACACUACACAACAAGACCCAUGGCAAUCUCUCGUACUGUGGACCACGUGGGAAAAAUGCGUUGCAUGCUGCGACUUUUCGGGGCACAGGUAGUCAGAAACGCGAUUCUGAAUGGAUCAGAAAUUCAGAACUAAUGAGUGCCUUCCUGUUACUUCACUUAGCUUAUACUAACAGGCUAAAAAUUACAUUUUCAGGGAUCACAAAACUUGUAUUGAAGUGGAAUAAUAGCCUUACUACACAUGGGGACAGAGAUGGGAGCACACCUCUUCAUUUGGCCUCAUCUUUCAAGAAUUCCAUUUGUUUUACACAAUUAUUUGAAGCUAACCCAGCACCAGUGUAUAAGGCAGACAACACAGGUUUGUUCCCGGUACACGUUGCUGCCUCAGCGGGCGCGAAAAAUGUCCUACAAAUUAUACUUGAGAAGUUUCCCAGUAGUGCCAGAUUGCGCACUUCUCAAGGACGGACAUUCCUACAUGUUGCUGUUGAGAAAAGAAAAUUGAACAUAGUCUCCUUUGUUUGCCAAACUCCUUCUUUAGCUUGGAUUUUGAAUAUGCAAGACAAUGAUGGGAAUACUGCACUGCAUUUAGCCAUCAAAGCUCCGAUGCUUCAAAUAUUUUGUUCUUUGUACGGGAAUAAGGAAGUACAUUUAACUUUGACAAACAACAAGGAGGAGACACCCAUUGAUCUAUCCAGGAAUUGUCUUCCUCGCGGAAUGUAUUAUCACUGGAACAAUGAAAAGCGGAUAUAUGCAACACUUGCAUUGUUUGGUACCAAUCAUAAUGGCCUUCGCUGGGAUCAGUUUGAAGAGAAGUAUAGUCGCCACUUAACACCAGAGGACAAGGUCAAAGAAGCAGAGAAGGUGAAAGAUUCAAGCCAAAUACUAGGGAUUGGUUCAGUUUUAAUAGCAACGGUGGCAUUCGGUGCAACAUUCGCUGUCCCGGGAGGUUUCAUAGCGGAUGAUCAUACAAAUCGAGGCACCCCAACACUUGCUGGGAGGUAUACAUUUGAUGCAUUCCAUGAUGGCAAAUGCACUAGCCUUUAUUUGCUCCAUAAUAGCUACAGUUGGUCUCAUGUUCUCUGGAACUUCUAUGUCUGCGGCCGGUCGGGGCGGACCUCGGCCUUCGGCGCCGGGCGCGGCUACCGUGGUGCAGCCGGCCGCGGGUCGGGGCGGGCCUCGGCCACAGGCGCCGGGCGCGGCUGUCGUGGCUGCUGCGGGCCGGGAUGGUUCGGCCCAAGGGUCGCGGGCGCUGCCACCGGGGAAUCAGUCGUCGGCGCCUGGCCUUCAACCGCGGGCGGCACCGCCUCACUACGUCGCGAGGCCGCCGCAAAAGCGGCCUGGACCGGUGCAGACGCAUGCAUCUUCGUCUCAGAACGUGGGUGCCGGGGUGCCUAUGAUCCACCCCGGGGACAGUGGGGGGACGAUGGUUAUGAUGCAUAUGGGGAUGGCCAACACCGUGGCUCGUCAUCCACGGGAGGUGGUCGUGGUUAUGCCUGGCAGAGUGAUGGUUCUGCUGAGAGACCUUUUCUCGGCCCUCCGGGUGGUUUUGUCGAGGGUGCUUCAGGCCCAGACUAUCGGCAGAGAGGUGGCUACCGUGGUCACCGUGGUGGUCGUGGUCGGUUCCGCAGACAGCCUCCGCCACCGGCCGUCGUUGACCAUGCGGCAUCUGUCGUGGCAGCCGAUCCCAUUCAGACGACUGAUCUGCCUAGCCAGGCGAUGGAUGUCGUGACGGCAUUGGCCAAUGCGGAGGUUCCUGGGACUAGGGUUACAGCUGAGGCAGGAGACAGGACUGAUUCAGAGAGAGCGUCCAAGUGGGCGCGUAAGAAGGAGAAGAUGUUAUGCUAUCGAUGUGGUGAGAAGGGUCACUUCAUUGCUGAGUGCGUGGCGGAGCUGUGCGAUUCGUGUGGCCAAUGUAUUCAGGGAAAUAUAAUAAUAACCAAUUUAUUA